AUGGUCCAGAUCAACGAAGUCAGCGAGUCGCAGACCAGAGAGUCUCGUACUGCCGCACAUACUCACAUCAGAGGAUUGGGGUUGGAUGAGCAUGGUAUCGCAAAAAAAGUUGAUGGUGGAUUCGUUGGACAAGCUGAGGCAAGAGAAGCAUGCGGAAUUAUUGUUGAUUUAAUUAAAACAAAGAAAAUGAGUGGUAAAGCCAUUUUAUUGGCUGGUGCUCCAGGAACUGGUAAAACAGCUUUGGCUUUGGCCAUCUCCCAGGAGUUGGGACCUAAGGUUCCAUUCUGUCCGAUUGUUGGUUCAGAGUUGUAUAGUACCGAGGUGAAAAAGACUGCUGCGUUAAUGGAAAACUUCAGAAAGGCCAUUGGCUUGAGAAUCAAAGAAACCAAGGAGGUCUAUGAAGGAGAAGUGAUCGAGUUAACCCCUGAAGAGGCCGAGAACCCAUUGGGUGGCUAUGGUAAGACCAUUUCACAUGUUAUCGUGGGUUUGAAGACCGCCAAGGGUACCAAAAACUUGCGUUUGGACCCUAGCAUCUACGAAAGUAUUCAAAAGGAGCGUGUUGUUGUCGGAGAUGUGAUCUAUGUGGAGGCAAACACCGGAGCAGUCAAGAGAGUUGGAAGAUCCGAUGCAUAUGCCACUGAGUUCGACUUGGAGGCCGAAGAGUACGUUCCUUUGCCCAAGGGAGAAGUCCACAAGAAGAAGGAGAUCGUUCAAGAGGUCACAUUGCACGAUUUGGAUGUAGCCAAUGCAAGACCACAGGGUGGACAAGAUGUGCUCUCCAUGAUGGGUCAGUUGUUGAAGCCCAAGAAGACUGAAAUCACCGACAAGUUGAGAACCGAGGUCAACAAAGUUGUGGCCAAAUACAUUGACCAGGGUGUUGCUGAAUUGAUUCCCGGUGUCUUGUUCAUUGACGAGGUCAAUAUGUUGGACAUUGAGAUCUUCACUUACUUGAACCGCGCGUUGGAGAGCUCCAUGGCUCCGAUUGUGGUUUUGGCUUCUAACAGAGGUUUGACCACCAUCCGUGGUACCGAUGAUGACACAAAGUACCCUCACGGCUGUCCUCCAGAUUUGAUUGACCGUUUGUUGAUUGUGAAGACAUUGCCAUACAACCAGGAGGAGAUUCGCGUGAUUAUCCAGAAACGUGCUGCUUUGGAGGGUUUGGCUGUUUCUGGAGACAGCUUGAACAAGUUGUCAGAGCUUGGUGUGAACAGCUCAUUACGUUACGCUUUGCAGUUGUUGGCUCCAGCGGGUAUUUUGGCCAAGACCGCUAACCGCACAGAGAUCUCUGUCGACGAUGUUUCCGAAUGUGAACUUUUAUUCUUGGACUCGCAUCGUUCCAUGCAAGUGUUGGAGUCUACAAAGGGCUACCUUUGA